UCCUUCAAUAGUGACGUGGCUGCUGCCUUUCUCAUAGACGCUGAUGUGGACUGAGAUCAGAACUUAACUUAGGCCUACAGGCUAAUAGAAGCUAUAGUUUGCGGGUGUACUACAUUUUAAGAAAUUGUUCUUAUACAGGUUCUGGAGGUUUUAUUUGAGAUAACUGCAGGUUAUUUUUCAACAUAUCUUAAAAUGGUUUUGUUGGCAGCAGCAAUAUGUACAAAGCCAGGAAAGGCGAUAAUCUCUCGCCAGUUUGUAGAGAUGAGCAGAGCAAGAAUCGAAGGUUUAUUAGCUGCUUUCCCAAAACUCCUCAGUACUGGAAGACAACACACCUUUGUGGAAACUGAAAGUGUACGAUAUGUUUAUCAACCUCUCGAGAAAUUAUACAUGUUGCUGAUUACUACUCGAACUAGUAACAUCCUAGAGGACUUGGAAACACUCCGGCUUUUCUCCAGAGUGAUUCCUGAAUACUGCAAAAAUAUGGAUGAAGAAGAUAUCAUCGACAACUCUUUUAAUUUAAUUUUUGCCUUUGAUGAAAUAGUUGCCUUAGGUUACAGGGAGAAUGUCAACUUGGCCCAAAUCAGAACUUUUGUAGAAAUGGAUUCACACGAAGAGAAAGUCUACCAAGCUGUGCGACAGACUCAAGAACGAGAGGCAAAACAAAAAAUGAAAGAAAAGGCUCGGGAACUACAACGUGCAAGGCAAGAAGCUGCCAAGAAAGGAAGGACACCAGGUUUUGGAUCAGGUGGAUUUGGUAGUGGAAACAUGGGGAUGGCCCCUUCUCCAAUCAUUGGAGAUAGUGCUUCAAGUAUGCCAGAGCCUCUACCUAAACCAAGCUUUUCAGCACCAAGUCGACCAUCUGGCCCAAGUAAAGCCCUAAAGUUAGGCAGUAAAAAUAAAGAUGUGGACCUUUUUGUUGACCAGCUUAAGUCUGAAGGAGAAAAUGUGGCUACUUCAGCAAGUGCCAUGAAACAGCCUGUUUUGUCCAAAACUGUACCUCCUCCGGUUCAUACAGAAAGUGUUCAUCUUCAUAUAGAAGAGAAGUUAACUUUAACAGCAUUAAGAGAUGGUGGAUUACAGAACUUGGAGAUUCAUGGCAUUGUAACACUAAAAAUCAAAGAUGACAAGUAUAGCAGUAUUAAAGUACAGAUGGAUAACCAAGACGACAAAGGAGUACAGUUACAGACUCACCCUAAUAUUGACAAGGAACUGUUCAAGUCACAGCUGAUAAUUGGUUUGAAGAAUCCAUCUAAGCCAUUUCCUUUAAAUACUGAUGUGGGAGUUUUGAAGUGGAGGUUUCAGAGCCAAGAUGAAAGUUUCAUUCCUCUUACAAUUAACUGCUGGCCUUCCGAGAAUGGAACAGGUGGUUGCGAUGUCAAUAUUGAGUAUGAGCUAGAACAAGAAAACAUGGAAUUGAAUGAUGUUUUGAUAUCUAUAACCCUUCCGUCAGGACCCAGUAACCUCAUUGUAAACGAGUGUGAUGGUGAAUAUCACCAUGACAGCCGAAAGAGUAUUUUAGAGUGGAGGGUUCCUCUGAUUGAUGUGGCUAAUAAAACUGGAGCCAUGGAAUUUUCUUGUAAUGGUGGUCCUGAGGAAUUUUUUCCAGUAACUGUAAACUUUUAUUCCAAAACACUCUUCUGCAAUAUUCUGGUCCGUGAUGUUACACUUGUGGAAGGAUCAGAACCUGUAAAGUAUUCUUCAGAUACUAUCUUGAUUGUAGAUAAGUUUGAAGUUGUUUGAACUUCCUUACUGUUUCACUUCAAGGAAAUUCUGCACCUGAAAAGGGAUUAUUUGGUAAAUCCCCAUUAAGAAGCUUUUGAAUGCCUUGUUAACAUUAAGUAAAGUUGUAAUUGUGCAGUAUCCUGCUGCUACUGCCAAAAACCUCAGUGAUAGCUUACAAUUAUUAUUUUGAUUUAUGUGUAAGUAUACUAGUAAACAUAUUGGAUUUUUUUUUUUUCUUGUUAGCUAGUUUCUUUAUUUUCUGUAAGUGGUAAAUUUAUUAAGAUGUAUUAAGCAGAAUGAAAAAUUUUGACAUAUUUUUUAUUAUAUAUAUAUAUGUUUGCUGUUUUCUUGCAUAUUUCGUGUUAAACAAUUCAGAAGCCAUCAAAGAAUCCCUUUUCACAGUUAGUACAAUAUUGAAGUGGUGGUAAUUAAAGUUUAUUAUAUAUAUAUCUGUACACGAAAUGCUAAUAAAACCACUUGUGAGUAGCACAAA